AUGACUCACCGGGUUAGUUUCAUCAUUGCAACAUCUACCGUUCAAAGGAAAGAAGACCAGGGAGCUUUCACCAUUCCAUGUACUAUUGGGGCACAUGAUUUUGCAAGAGCCAUUUGUGAUAAUGGGGCUAGUAUAAACUUAAUGCCUCUUNAUGAAGUGGUGAAUGUGACUCACCGGGUUAGUUCCAUUAUUGCAACAUCCACCAUUCAAAAGAAAGAAGACCCGGGAGCUUUCACCAUUCCAUGUACUGUUGGGACACAUGAUUUUGCAAGAGCCCUUUGUGAUAAUGGGGCUAGCGUCAACUUAAUGCCUCUUGCCAUUUACAAGCAAGCAGGGUUAGGUAUGCCAAGGCCCACAAGUAUGAGAUUGCAAAUGGUCGAUCGUUCCAUAAAGAGACCGGUGGGAAUUGUCGAUGAUGUGCUUGUAAAAGUGGGAAAGUUUCAUUUACCCUCCGAUUUCGUAAUCCUUGAUUGUGUAGUUGACAAAGAGAUCCCUAUCAUUUUGGGGAGACCAUUCCUUGCCACAGGAAGAGCACUAAUGGAUUCGGAACGGAAUGAGAUCAAAUUUCGUGUGAAUGAUGAAGAAGUUACAUUCCAAGCAAGCAAGGGUAUGAAACUACCACAUGAAUAUGAAAGCAUCUCGGUGAUUGAUAUUGUUGAUGAAGUGGAAGAUGCAGUUGAAAUGAAGAUGGAAGAACAAUGCCUCGGUGAGGCGUUGGCGGCUAUUUUGGUGAACUUCGAUGGUGAAGAUAUGGAGGGGUAUAUGGAAUCAGUCGAUGCAUUUGGAGGGGCUUGGGUAGGACAAUUGUUGGAUGUCUUGAAGGAGCAUAGGCAAGUUAUUGGGUGGACAAUUGCGGACAUCCGAGAGAUUCCCGUCGGAAUUUGCGAACACAAGAUCCAAUUGGAGAAUGAGACUAAACCAAGUGUGGAGCAUCAAUGA